UUUUUUGCUUCUAGAUAUUUGUCCUACGGCUUUCAUACUGGAGUUGACAGAGGACUCCAUGCUUAAAACUCAAUGAAACGAACACAUCAAAUCAAAAGAAGAGUUCUAUUACUCUUCCAAGACAAUCAAAAUCUUCCAUUGAUGUCCUAACAAAUUCUUUAACAUCAUUUGUAAAACACCACAUGGUGACGCUUCAGAGAAUCCACAGUAUCCAUCCACUCAACCUUUCUACGAAUCAUUCAUGUGUAAGAGAUAACACUUCAGACGUACCAAUCCCGGGUUUUCACCGAUUUCUACGGCAACCAGAUAGGUACAAACUUAAUUUCUGUUUCAGGUUUAUCUGUAAAACAACAAAUUCAAACGUUUUCGUAAUCACGAACAUCGCUGAAGCCUUCUCGAUCUCCUUAUUAGGUAAUCAGUACAGCGGUUAUCUUUCUCAACCAUAUUUCGCUCUUCCGCCACCUGCUACUGCUCCUCCGGCAUCUCCUACUAGACCACAGAAGAAGAAGAAGCUUGACAAAAGAUAUUCAAAAAUCGAUGAUAGUUACACCUCUUUGGAACAGGUGACAGAGGCUCUUACACUUGCAGGACUCGAGUCUUCUAACCUCAUUGUGGGCAUUGAUUUCACCAAAAGCAAUGAAUGGACAGGUUCAAAAUCCUUUUAUGGAAAAAGCCUACAUCAUACUGCAGAUCAUAGUCUAAAUCCCUAUGAACAUGCCAUAUCCAUCAUUGGGAAGACAUUAGCAGCUUUUGAUGAAGAUAACUUGAUUCCAUGUUACGGAUUUGGAGAUGCAACAACACAUGAUCAAGAUGUGUUCAGCUUUUAUCCUGAAGAUGGUUUCUGUAAUGGAUUUGAAGAUGUUUUGAGUAGAUACAGAGAAAUUAUCACUCAUCUUAAGCUUUCAGGUCCCACAUCUUUUGCCCCUGUGAUUGAACAGGCAUUGACAAUUGUUGAACAAAGUGGGGGCCAAUACCAUGUCCUAUUAAUCAUUGCUGAUGGGCAGGUAACAAGAAGUGUGGAUACUGAGAGUGGUCAAUUGAGUCUACAAGAACAGAAAACUGUAGACGCCAUAGUCAAAGCAAGCAAGCUUCCACUCUCUAUUGUAUUAGUCGGGGUAGGAGACGGGCCGUGGGACAUGAUGAAGGAAUUUGACGAUAAUAUCCCUGCCCGUGACUUCGAUAAUUUCCAGUUUGUGAAUUUCACGGAGAUCAUGUCAAAAAACACGAGUUCAAUCCGAAAAGAAACGGAUUUUGCUCUUUCAGCAUUAAUGGAAAUCCCUUCUCAAUAUAAAGCAACAAUCGAACUAAAUUUACUUGGUAGUCGCGUAGGAAUGUCAUCAUGGAGGGCGGCCCUUCCUCCACCAAUCCCUCAGGCAUCCUCCUCCUCCUACAACACCUCAAAAGCAUUGGAGUUGGUUCCUUUUUCUUGUGUAUAUGGUCAAACUAGUCAACUUCUAAUAUCAGAAUCAAUUUCAAGAUCUACAAAUGAUAAAAACUUAUGCCCCAUUUGCCUUACUAACACCAACGACAUGGCCUUGGGGUGUGGACAUCAGACAUGUCAUGAGUGCGGGGAAACUCUUCAAUUGUGCCCGAUUUGCCGGGACUUGAUCCAAACUAGAAUAAAACUCCAUUAAAAACUAGUUUAUUUUAAUUUAGCUUCUUUAAUUUCAUGAUUCUUUGCCACCAACAAGGUGUUUUUUGUUCUUUUGGUGAACCAUUUUAAUUAGGCUUGUUUUAUUUGGUGAUCUUAUUACAAAAACUCGACGUGAUU